AAGUACGCUAGUGUGCGGUAUUGGUAAAAGACAGGAAAUAUUUAGUCAGCUUCUGAUAGCUGUAGCAGGAUAUACGUUAUUAUAAACAAUGUAAAUGAGUUAAAACAGCUUACAUGCUGAUUUAAGGCGCUGUUUUUCAAAUAUUGUGAUUUUACGGUGUGUUUACCAGAUAUGAGUGAAGUUUCGCUUCCUGGCGGCUGAUUUGAAGCGGACACUUUGAGGCGUCAAACCGGAGUUAAUCAUGUGUGCACUUGUGGAUAAGGCGAUUGAACUCUGCAGAGCAGAGGAGCUAAAACUCAGCGAAAAUAUCCGACAAUAUAAAGACAUUUUACGCUCCAUGAAAAUGCGGGUGAAUGACGGCAGUGAAGCAGAAACGCCGACCAGUGUGAAAGAUAAUGACAUUUCUCUGAAAGAGAGACAAGAGGUUGAGCUCCUAGAACAGGCUCUGAAAAAGGCUUGGAAAAUCCGCAGCAGCUUUGCAGUUGAAGCAAAUUCCCACGAAAAACCAUGUUCAAGUGGCAGUACUUGUAAAGCUUCUGCUGUUAAAGGCGAUAAAAGAAACCCACAAAAAUCAUCAUCACCCUCUGAGGUGAAAGGAAGCCGUCAGUGUGUAGGACUGUUAAAAAGCACUACUGGCCGUGGAGAUGUUGCUACACGCCAGGUUCUGGACAAGAUGGUGCCAUCAGCUCAGCACGCCAUCAGAGGGAAGCAGUCGGAUAUGAAACGUUUUUCAAUGAAAAAAUCCAUAGGAGUCGAUGUCGAAAUAAAGCCCUGUCACAUGACCAGUUAUUCUCCAGAAUUGGACAGAAGGAUGAUGACCUCUCAUUCAGAUCAGGAGUUAAUCGUGCAAAGUGAAGCAUCAGCUCCUAAGGAGCAUUGGGUGCCCUCUCCUUCCUUACCACAGUGGCAAGCACAGCAGGCCAAAAAGAACAAACUGUGGAAUAAAGUUUUGACCAGACAUUCUAAACCUGUACCAGAGAGAGACCACUUUAAGAAGAGACUUAUUAAUACUUUUCCCCCAGAAUGGGCUUCUGUCCACAUAGCAGCCAUGGAAGCAGAACUAGGUGGCCUUACACAGCUCGGACUUAACCUGACUCACUGCUAUACUGCUCAGCUCCAAAGCCACCAACUGGGAUGGAGUCCAGGUAAACCAUCAACAGAGAAGGAAUAUGAAUCUCUGCUAAUGUUGGCAGGCCUUGAGAAAAUGAUGGUGCAGGUCAAGAAGGAAGCUGAUCGCCUCAAAAAAGAUUGGGAGAGGAAGAUGGCAUGGUGGCACGGGGCAUUGUGUCCAUUACGCAGCAAGUUUGAGUGGUGCGACUCGGAGCAACCUUGCAUACCCCCUAUACUGGCCUAUAGCAGCGAAGGUGAGCUGGAAGAUCUGUAUAAUCUGAGACGACACGUGGCUCAGUUGAAGCUGGAGAUCCGCAUGCACCAGGCCAUGUGUGAUGCACUUCUAGAUCUGACCUCCUGUGAGUCCUCAUCUGGGCGCCCCAGUGCUCAUGUACUACGUGGUGUGUAUUCGCUCCUGGGAGAAGGAGGCGCUCAGUUUCCCAGCCUGGUUUUGGACAUUGAUUCAGCUCAAACAUAAAGAAACAUAACAUUAAUUUUCUGAUGAAAUGGACAAUGUGAUGAAACUGGUCUGAUGUAGGCCCCUGGUAACUGUUUGGGUACUGUCCUCCUAAACCGGAGAUGAACAGAAUUUUUUUUUUUUUUGUGUGUGUGUGUGUUUUGACAGAUGUUUGCUCAAAUGCCUAUAUAUUGGGAGCCAAAAUCCUGGAGCUGCUUGGAUGUAGCAGAAAUAAAGCUGCCAACUUGC